AUGCCUUCUUCAAAUGCUCGGCGACAGCGGCACCCGGUUGCCAGAGAGAGGAGAUCGAGAUUUAACUCGUCAAGACGCCAAGCUUCUAAAGAUGACAAAGCUGCGUCAGUGAGCGGAGAUGAGAGUGAUUCAAAUAGCUCAAGUGACUUUAAUGACACACUAUCGUCGCGUUCGAAACGGGAGCUUCCAACAUAUCGUCCUGUGCUUACAAUCGAUUGGCGAGCGGAGAUGUGCCGCCUUCUAGAUCUGUCUUCACAAAUUCCGGACGAAGAUCUCUUUGAAGCAAUAGAGGUUGCAUCGCAAAAUCUCAAAGAGCUCGAAGUUUUGAGGUCCCAAGUAACAGAGAAGCUCGGACCUCCUCGAUCCCAGAUCAUUUACUCAGUUCAUUGCCACGCUGCUGGCGAGAGAAACAACAAUCAAUUAUUCCUUGAACAGCCGUGGGCUGUUGAGGAUGGUCCACGUGUCCAUCUUAGAGGAAGCAAAGCCAUCAAUAACUUUGACCUUUUUCUUGAGAGAAACAAAGAGAUUGCAUUCGUUAUUUAUAAGGAUUACGAGUGUUGUGGCGACCUUCCGCCUACAAUCGUUAAGAGCAAGAUUGAGCUGGGGCUGGAGAUUGAUGCUUCGAAUUUUCUAGCUGGGGAGGAAAUUCAACUUAUAUCAGUCGAUUUGAAGCUAGCGUUGGAGAGUCUUGCUAGCAAAGCAUUCGAUGGGAUAUCUCACCCGUUCUUAAAGGAGAAAAACGACCCGAGUGCCGAUAUUACAGACCAAAGGAACCAUCACCGGCUCCUGAGGGAGAAAGACGACCAGAGUAUAGAGUACCCUUACAUGUUUUUGUUCCAUCGCCGCAAAGAGGUCGAAGAAGCGACAGGAAAACAGUCACCAGAUGCACAGAUAUAUCUUGAUGUGUUCUUCCAAUAUCUCUUUACCCGGAUGGCAGAAGAAUGGACAAUUGUCGAUCGAUUACUAGCCGAAAAGAAGAUUUCUGCUAAAUACAUAGACUAUCUCUUUGUUCCUAACCAAAUAGUUUUGAUGCGACGAAAAGACUUGGAUACCGCACAUAUCAAAGCAUAUGUUCUUCAAGAUUGGCUCCAAAGACCAUCUGAACAAAGUUCCACACCAACAGCGCCGGUGUACUCUUGGGAAUUCGACGGGAACUUUUACAAGUCUUUCAGUAACCUCUCUAUCGAAGAUCUUCCAUCCGAAACCGGAAACUUUCCUAUUACCGAUAUGUUGGUGUAUCCAAUUGAGUAUGCCAGCAAAGAGGUUGUGAGCGCCCUAAGAAAGCGCGGUAACAUGUUUUGGAAGUGCCGCAAAAGCCACUACGUGUCGUACAUCGGGAAAACAGAUCAUGGGAUCCAAAGUUCGAUGGAUUCUCGGUUUAUGAUAGAUAUCGCUACUUAUAAACAAAUGCAUCGCAAUCAGGACAAUGAAGCCGAACAACACUCAUACGAUCGGGAGGAACUACCGAUCAAAUUCCUUUCUGAGGACAACCCCAUGUUGGGAGACAGUUUUUUCUUGUGCCUUCCUACUUCGAUAGCUGGAUUUAACAUGCAGACAAAAGAAUGGAUCAAUCUCAACGUGCACUACAUAGAAGAUGUGGUGUGGAAUACUGAAGCAUUUGAGUUCCUUGUCAUCGACCAGGGAACCAAAAGCAUGAUCCAAGCCGUAGUUACGAACCAACUUCAUGCUUCCCAGAAUACAGACCUCAUCCGUGGGAAAGGUAAUGGGCUGUUUAUUCUACUCCACGGUGGCCCUGGAACUGGCAAAACCUUGACUGCGGAAAGCGUGGCGGAAAUAGCAAAGAAGCCUUUGUAUAGAGUGACGUGUGGAGAUAUUGGCACAAGUGCUCAGGAUGUCGAAAAUUAUCUGGAGAUUGUUUUACACCUCGGAAAGACUUGGGGUUACGUUGUCUUGUUAGAUGAAGCGGACGUCUUUCUACAACAACGAGAACUUUACAAUCUUGAACGGAACGCCCUGGUUUCCGUCUUUCUUCGGGUUCUAGAAUAUUACGAUGGAAUUCUUAUCUUGACGAGCAACCGCGUUGGUAUUUUUGAUGAGGCUUUCAAAUCACGCAUCCAACUUAGUUUGCGCUAUAAGAGCCUGGAUAGAAGCCAACGGCUACAGAUCUGGAUAAACUUUUUGAAGCGGUUGGAACAACUCGAAAAUGAGCGCCUCGAUGCUGAGAGGCGGGAGGACAAAAAGGAUAGCACAAUGCUGGGCUAUGGGGUAAACAUUGACGAGAUAAAAGAUAAAGUGGGAGAAUUGGCCGAUGAAAGCAUGAAUGGCCGUCAGAUUCGAAAUACUAUAUCGACGGCACGCCAACUCGCCAUGUAUCAGCGCAAAAAGCUGGGUUACGAACAUAUUCAAGCUGUGAUUGAGGAGGCGAACAAGUUUGACGAGUACUUGCUUGAGUUGAACAAGGGAUAUUCAGCAGACGAGAUACAGAGGGAUAAGAAGGAGAGAUAG